AUGGGUAGGAGGGUCACAGACUCUACAAAUCCAGUGCCUACUCUGGGAGUUCCUCUAGCUGGGGGGAGAUGGGGUCCACUGUGCAAUGUUGGGGUGCAGACUUCACCGAGACUAAGAGUUCUCUGCUCAAUCAAGCGAAAAAGCAGACAGCCCUCCACCUCACAGCUUCCGCUGCCCAUAGCAACCACAAAAUCAACACACGUGGAGGCAGCUGCCAUCCCCAGUGACAACAGUCUGCCAGUGUCCAAAGAGACGUCUCAGAAUGAGAUCAACAGCUUGACACAAGACGACAUGGGGUCACAGGGAUCUGGCAGUGGCAUUUACUGUCAGAUCAAAGCAAUACAGAGUAAUCCCAAGGACGCACAAGGUAAAAAGACAGCCCGCUAUGCAAAUGGCAGCGUGGUUACCUCAGACGUUGUGGGUGGAGUGUGUAGUGAGACCACAGAUGGCAAAGAGCCAAACAGGGAGAGGAGAAGAGUCCAGUCCCUGCGAGGAGCGCAUGGACCGCGGGGACUCCAGGGACAGCUUCAGACUGUGGAGGAGAACCUAGUGUCCAACCAGGAGAAGAUCAAAGUACUUCUCAACGUCAUUCAAGACUUGGAGAAAAGCAAGGCACUCAGCGAAGGUCGAACCUCAUACAGAACUGGUCAAGACAUAAACGACUGCUCCACUUGCCAAAAGACGGCAUGCAUCAUCUACAGUGUGGAGCAUGAUUUCCGGCAGCAAGAAGGACGUUUCCAGGGAGUCAUGGAGGCUCUGGAGGGGGAGUACGAUGUGCCUGUAACCACUCAGACUAAAACAAUGCCAGCCUCCUCCUCCAGCCGUGCCAGCACCAAGGCAAAAGUCAAGAAACUGCGUAAAAAGUGUUUCUGGUGGCUUUAA